AUGAUGUUUCUUUUCUACGUGAAUCUCGCUACUAUUUUAUGUUUUUUUACAUCAAUUAGCAAUGGAAAUAUUCAACAAACUGUAUUACGUGGUGUUCAAACUUCACUUCUUUCAAUGUAUAUACCAUCAAAACCAUUUACUUGUCUUGAUGGUUCAUUAACAAUUCCAUUUGAAUUUGUUAAUGAUGAUUAUUGUGAUUGUCAAGAUGGUAGCGAUGAACCAGGAACAUCAGCUUGUCCAAAUGGACAAUUUUUUUGUGAAAAUAAAGGUUAUUUUGGUACAUUAAUACCAUCACAUUUUGUUGGUGAUGGUGUAUGUGAUUGUUGUGAUGGAUCUGAUGAAUAUGAAACAAUAAUUGUUUGCAAUAAUACUUGCUUUGCAUCACACAGUUCUUCUCAUUCAUUAAUAUUAAAUUUAACAAACAAUUUAAUUUUUUAUCAAACAAUAUUUAAUCCAGUAUUUUCAAAUAAAAAUAAAAAAACUGAAAAAUUAAAAAAUUCUAAACAUCAAUCAUCAAAAGUUAUAUAUAAUGCUACUAAGACAUAUAGUCAACAUGGUUUAUUAAUUGAUAAAUAUUUGGAUAAAACAAUUAAUGAUGAAAAUUAUACAAAUGAUUAUUUAUUUUCAAAAAAAUAUUCUAUUCAAUUUUUAUGUAUAUUUUGUUUUAUUAAUUUAAUAGAAUUAAUUCUUCCUUUUUUAUUUAGUGAGUUAGCUCAAAAAUUUCAAGCUAGUCGUGACGCACAACGUGCAUUACAUGCAGCAGGUGUAGAAAAAAAGAAACAAAUUCUUGCAAGUACAACAACUAAUAAAUUUGGACGACAGUUUUCUCAGAAACAUCUUGAUGAACUUGAACAAGAUUUAAAAAUUCUUGAGAAAGAAUUAAAAGAAAAAGAAGAAUUAAAACGACAAGUUGAAAUACUAGAAAAUGCAGCAAAAGAAAAACAUAAGAAAUUAUGUGAAGAAAAACGUACUAUGCAAGACGUUAGUUUACGUAAUAAUCAAAUGCAUGAAAUGUUUGCUGAUUUAGAUACAAAUGGAGAUUCAUUAAUAUCCAUUGAUGAAUUACAAAAACAUACAGAACUUGAUACAAAUCAACAGAAUGAAUUUACAAUUGAAGAAGUUCGAUCAAUACUUGGUUCUGAUUCAGUUAAUUUAAAUGAAUUUAAUACAACUAUAUUUGAUCAAAUAUCAAAUUCAUAUCGACAAUUACCUGAACCAACUAGACCAACACCUGAGCCAACACCACUUCCUGAACCAUCAAUAGAUUCAAUGACAACUCAAUCACCAUCAUUAGAAACAUUUAUUGAUGAAGAAGAUUUAACAACACACACACGAUCUUCAUAUAAAUAUGAAGAUGAAGAUGAUUAUGAAGAAGAUCAUCAUCGUGAAUCAAAAACACUAGCAACAUCAAUUGAACAUGAAAAACAUAUUCAUGAUAGUGUAGCUCCAGAAUAUGAUGAUGAAACAAAAAAAUUAAUGGAAAUAGCUGAAGAAGCUCGAAAUCGAUAUCAUGAAAUCGGAGAAAAAUUUCUUUCUAUUAAACAUCAAAUUGAAGAUUUAAAAAAACAAUCAACUGUUGAUGCUGGACCACAUGAUGAAUAUUCACCAAUAAUUGAUCAAUGUUUUGAUUAUGAAGAACGAGAAUAUACAUAUAGAAUAUGUAUGUUUAAAACUGCUAAACAAAUAUCAAAAGGUGGUGGUAGUGAAGUUAUUAUAGGUUAUUGGGAUUCAUGGUGUGGACCAAAAGAUAAUAAAUAUUUAAAAAUGAAAUAUUCUAAUGGUGCUACUUGUUGGAAUGGUCCACCUCGAUCAUUAAUAGUUACAUUACAAUGUGGAAUUGAACAAAAACUUACUGAUGUACGAGAACCAAGUCGGUGUGAAUAUACUAUAAUAUUUGAAACACCAUUAGCAUGUGAUGAAAAUAUUGCUACAACAUCUUUACAUUCGGAUCAUGUAGAAUUUUAA